AUGGAGAAGGGGAGUAGCAUGUCGAGAUUGAACAGUGAUAGCUUUGGGAUGAAUACAGUCAUGGCUAGAAGCUCUCAAGAAAUGUCCUCCAAGAGGCAUUUUCACUGGACAAACAAGGUUGGGACUGAAGAUGGUGAAGAUCCCACUUCAGAAUCAUUCAUCCAGGAGGAUAAAAAAGAGGAUGCCAAGGUUGUUGUUGCUCCUGAGGCUUCAGCACCUGCAGCAGCCACAGCACAUGCAACAAGGAAGAAAUUGCAGGCAGUGGCAGUCUCCAGGAUUCGCUCUGUUCUCACUGUGUUCAACAAGAAUCGCUUGAACUCAUCUUUUGGCCUUGGUUCUCGUGUUGUAGGCACCCUCUUUGGCUAUAGACGUGGCCAUGUACAUUUUUCAUUCCAGAAGGACCCCACUUCCCAGCCAGCCUUCUUGAUCGAGCUUGCAACACCAAUCAGUGGGUUGGUUCGUGAAAUGGCAUCUGGGUUGGUCAGAAUUGCCCUGGAAUGUGACAAGGAGAAAGCAGCAGAGAAGAAGUCCGUGAGGUUGCUGGAAGAGCCAGUGUGGAGGACUUAUUGCAACGGCAAGAAGUGUGGAUUUGCCACCAGAAGAGAGUGUGGGCCAAAGGAUUGGGAUAUCCUCAAAGCAGUGGAACCAAUUUCAAUGGGUGCAGGUGUUUUGCCAGGAAAUAAUAGCAGUGGAGCUGAAGCAGGGUCAGAGGGUGAAAUCAUGUACAUGAGGGCCAAGUUUGAGAGAAUUGUUGGGUCCAGAGACUCUGAAGCCUUCUACAUGAUGAAUCCUGACAGCAAUGGAGCUCCUGAGCUCAGUGUCUACUUGCUUAGAGUCUAG